CCCUUGGCUGCAUUUCUUCCUCUUGUUUUUGUUUCUUCGUUUUUUGCUUCUGGUCUCCCUCGGGUGCAACGGUGCCAUGUUGCAUCCUCCGGCGAUGGGCGGCAAGACCGCAUGGGGAGUGUCCCGGGACACGGUGCAGCACGGCACCGACGACCCCGAGGAGAUCCGGCGGCUGAAGGAAGCCCAGGGCUCCUUCAACCAGCGGGAGGAUGACCGGCUGCACCGGCUCAGGGAAAUGGAGAAGAACGCCCACCAGAUCGUUGAGGAGCGGAGACAGAGGAAGAGCAGCUUCGACCCCAUGCAGGUGUCCAAGCGGGGCGACGUGGAUGCCUUCAGGAAACAGCAGGAGGAAGCACUGCUGAAGAUGCAGGAGAUGAAGGAGCAGAAGCGAGCAGAGAAGAGGCAGAAGAGACUGGCGGAGAAGGGUGGGAAGCCAAAGAAGGAGAAGAAGAGCAAGAAGGACAAAAAGAAGAAGGACAAGAAGAAGGACAAAAAGAAGGACAAGAAAAAGAAGAAGGAGAAGAAGAAGAAGGGUAAGAAGAGAAAGAAGUCUUCGUCUUCAUCCUCCUCCUCCUCCUCCUCCUCCUCCUCCGAUAGUUCUUCGGAUUCCACCUCAAGUUCAAGCUCCUCUUCCUGAAGGCCGCAGGCCCUCGCCGACGCGCCGAUGCGCCGAUGCCGAGCGCCGCGAGGAAAUGGGCAGAGGGCGUUUGGCCGUCCCAGCGUGUUCAAAA